GUAAACUGUCACCCGAUCCCAACCUUGGCCAUUCUAUACAAAAUUCUUGUAAUAUUCAACAAAUUCUAAAUUCUUAGUUGGAGUGCGUAUUUCUCGCGGCAAUGAAGUUGACGAGAGCACAAAUACAUUACAAAUAAAAGAAAUAGCUUGCAAAUCGCAAAGAAAAAUAGAAAUACGAAGGAAAUCAUCUUGAAAAUAUAGUCGGAGAUGAGUUGUAACCCAAGGUCAAUGACAUCAUGUCGGCAAGGGAGAAUGACGUUUCAUUCAAUGCAGUCAGAUUUUGGGUGCGACAGUGGAUUUGAACAGCCUAAUCAUUCCGUAGGUCGCUCGUUAAAGUCCAUGGUGAAGUCGACAAUUCCGAAACGCGGACCACCCCCGGCUCUACCCAAAAAAAUUGACUAUAAGAAGCCACAGAUGACGAAGGCAAUGAUCCAGCGGCUCAAGCACACACAGAGGAUUCAAGACGAAUUGGAACGGAAAGAGCAGGAACGGACAAUUCUUCCAACUAUGCGUAAAUCUCGACGGAUAAUGACACCCACUUGCGGCAAUCCUUGCACGGGCAGGGAACACCGAGCCAACACAGCCGAGAAUCGAGGACAAUCUCGUCUUGGUAGAAGUAAAGCAUUAUCAUCGUGUAUAACUAACGUUUCUGAACCGACAAUGGUAUCUUCGAGUACCUGUGCACUCUCGUGUGCUCCAACGCCAACUCCGUCACGAAAGCACUUGUACCAAUCCUCUUGUGCUUCGCGUGGACCAAAAAAUCCUCCAUCAAUACCACCACGCACUCGUAAUCUUGCUAAAUCCAUGAAUGCAGAUAUCGUCCAGGCAGAACCACUUCAGCAUGGUCCCGUCGACAAUCUUAUCAUACCACCCGGAACCAUCAAUGCCGAUAGAACGACAAUUGUCAAUAUACUACAGCCAGAAGGUUCCGCCUCCUUCGUCCCAUCGACUCCAGCACAGCGCCAAUCCAGUCAAACGCCCAUCAAGAGCGUUCAAGCACUUAAUAAUUCACUAGAUCAACAAGAUGCUGUAGAAUCAGAAGUCGUUAACUCGAAACUACAAGAUCUUCAACAAGCGAGACGUGAUUUUGUCUUGGCAGUAGCGAACGUGAGUGGAAAUGCUAUCAAUUUAGAGGAUGACUUUUCAAAUGAACGGAUAUCUGAAAUUACGCCACCGCGAUUAAAAACAUCGGAUCCAUCGAGUCCGCGACUCAUUCAAUGUCCAUCUCUUGAGGAUCCAUACUUGCGGAUUAAAUAUGAACGAAAUCAUCCUGUCGUAGAAGCAGCUCGUGAGUACAUGAGGAGCCGUAAAGCUGAAAGCACGAUCGACGAAAAUUUCAGGCCGGUUUCACGUCAACCAGUUAUAGAGGAUAUUGAAGCGGAUUAUUUAAAAGGGUGUAAUAUGAUAUCCACAGUAAACGAUGACGACAACGAUUUUUAUACAGCAUCGGGUCAAUACACUGCAAUGCCGAAUCGAGCAGAAGUUUAUAACUACAAUCCAUUAGAUAUCGAUCAAUUGGAGAAGUUUUUUGACUUGGAAAAUUACCCUCCACCGCCAGUGAGCCCAUCGCCAUCACGACCAACGGGUCCACCACCUGGUAGAGAAUGUAUACAUCCAGAUCUCUGGGAAUUGGAUGAUCCGUGGUAUAAGGAACCCUGUAUGCCAGAUCUUAUUGACUGGAGGGAGCAAUUUUAGAACAUUAACAAUGAUUGAUAUACGUCCGUAUUUAUGUUUUUCGACAAUAUUUGAUUACCCACUAAACUCAAGAUAGAAUGUUUACUCGUACA